UGCAAUGUUAACAAGAACGCCAUUUUGUUAGUGUUUUGUAGUUUUGGAAGAACGUUCGGGUGUUUUGUAGGCUGACAAGUUUUAAAAUGAUCAUGCCAGGAUCAAAUGAACAGGAUGAUGAAAGCUACGUUAUCAAGCUGCGUGGGUUGCCAUGGUCCACAACCGUUGACGAAAUCAUCAAAUUCUUUAGCGACUGCAACAUCCGAGGCGGGAAGGCAGGCAUCCACAUGACCAUGUCACGAGAAGGAAGGCCCAGUGGUGAGGCUUAUGUGGAGAUGGAGACAGAUGAGGACAUUGAUCAAGCUGUCAAACGUGAUAGAGAUCAUAUGGGACAGCGCUACAUAGAAGUGUUUCGAGUGAAGAAAUCUGAAAUGGAAUGGGUAGUGAAGCGCAGUGGGCUGAACUUGGAGACAACCAUGGAUGAUGGUUGUGUAAGGCUUCGAGGUCUGCCUUUUGGCUGCUCGAAGGAAGAGAUAGCCCAAUUUUUUUCUGGGUUGGAGAUAGUUCCGAACGGGAUAACCCUACCAACAGACUACACGGGCCGCAGUACUGGGGAGGCUUACGUUCAGUUUGUAAACAGAGAAGUUGCAGAGAAAGCUCUGCAAAAACACAAGGAAAAAAUAGGACACAGGUACAUAGAGAUAUUCCGUAGUAGCUUGUCAGAAGUGCGAGCUGCCAUCGGUCCAAAGAUAAGGCCGCUGGGGCCCGGAGGUUUUGGACAGCGGCCGGCCCCAUAUGACAGAGGCGACAGGUUUGGAGGAGUGAAUCGCUACGCCAGCAUGGGCCGUGGUUCCCGCAGCUUCAAAGGCUUCAAUGAGUUUGACGACGGGCCGAGCCCGUGGAUGGUGAACACGUCGUGGGGGGGGCGGGGCCGCCGGCCCGGGCAACAUGCGCAACAAUAUGGGGGGCCGCCCCGCGGGGGGCAUGGGCAUGGGGCUGGGCCUCAACUCCAGCCUGAACACCAUGGGCCCCCCUCGCGGCCGCUCCAACAGCUGGGCCAGCAACGGCAGCGGCCCGGUGCGGGAGUGGGCGGGGGCCACUCGGUGCACAUGAGGGGACUCCCCUUCCGGGCAACGCAGGACGAUAUUGCAGACUUCUUCAGGCCACUUGUCCCAGUGAACAUUCGCCUGCUCUACGACAACAGCGGGAGAGCGUCAGGAGAAGCUGAUGUGGAGUUUGCAACCCACGAAGAAGCCACCAAAGCCAUGUCUAAAGACAAGGGGCACAUGCAGCAUCGCUACAUCGAGUUGUUCCUGGUGUCCACGCCCGGACCUGCUCCCGGCACCGGCGAUCGCUUCGGUAACUUCGGGGGCGCCACCAAUUUUGGAGGUGGCGGAACCACCUUCGGAGGAGGCCUGGCCACCAACUUCCAGCGAAGCAACUUCACCAGUAGCAACCUGGGUGGUGGAGGCGGCAACUACGGCGGCCAGCUCAGCGGGAGCAAUUUCAACAACUUCUGAGUGAUGGGAACACACAUUCCGUUGCUGUUUGCGUUUUUCUUGUACAUUUCGGCACCCAUAAAACAGUACAGCUUUAUGUGGAUAGGGUUCACGUAAAAAAAAAAACCAUGGGCCUUUAUGUUUUGAAUUCUUUGACAUCACCUUGAUACACACCAGGAAUCAAUGGAAAUGCUGUCGUUACAUAUAAAUUACGUUUGUAUGUCAAUACAGACACAAUUUGAAAUGAUUGGUUUGUUGUGUAAAUUGUGAAUUUUUAGCUGUAGAUUUUUUAAUGACAAGUGUUAUAUUUAAUUUUAUUACUAAAAUUUAACAGUACUUAUGCAAGAUAGUACUGCAUUAGUUGUGGAUAGUCAAGCCAUGCGUACAUAUGUAGGAGGUAAUUUUAAUGUUAGCUUUAUAAUAGGUCACAAAGAAAUGACCACAACCACCUGACUAUGAAUUUAUUUUGUAAUUGUGGUAUUGUCCAAGUAAAAUUCCAGUAUUUGUUAAGUA